AUGGCAAACAUCUCUGUUAACACCAGCCUCCUGAAUGACAGCUAUGUCGACCCCUCUCAGGCUGAGUACCGUAGAUAUGUCUCCUUCAUCAUGCAUGUAGUGACAUACAUCAUCAUUUGUAUCGGUCUCCCUUUGACACUCAUGGCCAUCUAUGCUCUCUACUCUCAGGUACAGGGAGGACUUCAGAAUGUUUUUAUAACUUCUCAUCUUCUGUUUCUGUUUCUAUAUUUUCCUCAGGUAAAGAAUGGUCAUGUGGCUCCAAUCUACAUCAUCAACCUUUUCAUAUCUGACCUCAUUCAGCUCUGCUGUCUGAUCGCUUGGGAGUCUAAACCUGAGGAGCAGAUGAUAACCAACACUGUGGGCCGUACUUACAUAUGGGGUGUAUUAACUAGUAUUGGCUUCAUGGUGUGUAUUUCACUGGAAAGAUAUUUGGUCAUCGCCCACCCACUGUGGUACCGCUUCAGACGAACCAUCAGGAUCUCUGUGGCGGUCUGUGUUGUAGUCUGGAUCAUAUCUCUUGUCUUGAGUUUUACUGUGUUCCCCUGGGUUACUAGGUUUGUUGCACGAAUCAUCCUCUCCAUCUUCUUCAUCAUUCCCUUCCCACUGUUCAUAUUCUUCCUGGUUGGGACCCUCAGAGCUCUCUCUACUUCUGUCUCAGUCCCCUCUGAUGAAAAACAGAGAAUCGUGGCAAUCUUAGUCCUGGUGCUGCUGAUUUAUACCCUGCUGUUCCUGCCGUACAUUUUUGUCAUCACUGUAGGAAUAUACAGCUAUGAUGACACUCUACGUCUCCUGUCCCUCAUGUUUGUAAGGCUGAGUCCACUUGCAGACUUACUUCUGUACGUUUUCAUCAAAAAAGAGACCUUUGGGAAGCUUUGGACCUCUGUGUGCUGUUGCAGAAAGGAGAACAAUGACACCAACAACACCAACACAAUCAAUCUAGACCACAUGUAGACCAGUGGUUGUCACUUAGGGGGGCGGAGCCAAGAAGUAGCUCAUUGAUCUGUUUUCAGAAGGUCACAAAUAUAGGGGCCAGAAGUUAUGGAUGUCUGAGUGAGCCCAUGUAUAUAUUUGAUUUACUCCAUUUUCCUAUAAUAAGGAGUAAAUUUAG